AUAUUUCAGGAACCAACAGAAGACCUAAAUGACUGUGUAGGUAGUAGGUACCUGUACCUACCUACAGUGUUUUUAGACUUUAUUAGUGUUUACGUGUGUAGAUUUAAGAGUUCACAACAAAUUUAAAAAUACGUACCAGUAGAUUUUUUGUAAACUGCCAGUUUUUAUACUAUUCAUGCAAACUUUUAGUCUCCGCCGGGUAUAUAAUUAAAGGCAAUACCUAUCUAUUUAAUGUAUGAAUCAGAACCUUGACAAUAAAAUCUAAGAUGUUGUUAGACUACACAAGUACAUGAUUAUAUUACCCGUACUGGUCGCAUUAACUUCAUCAUUACUGACAAGUGAUUUUGAGAAUAGAAAAGAAAAACUUGUAAUAUCAAUAUUUUGCUGGGACAAUGGUUAAUCAGUGAACUGAUAUUACUUUAGGACUCUAGAACAAUGGAUUGGUCAAAAAUAGCACCAGGUGCCUUGUCAAUCAUCAUAGUCCUUUGUAUAAUAUUCUGCUGCUGUCGACGGCGCCGGAGAGAGGCACGCGUGUUGAUACCGCCCACAAACGUCGUCGUCAAUGCGCCUUACCCGACUCAGGGUGUGCCAUACCCGGCAACUCAGGGUGCGCCAUACCCGACAACUCAGGGUGCUCCAUACCCGACAACUCAGGGUGCGCCAUACCCGACAACUCAGGGUCUACCAUACCCAGUUGCUCAGAGUGUGCCAUACCCGGUUGCUCAGAGUGCGCCAUAUCCGGUUGCUCAGAAUGCGCCAUACCCAACAACGCAGGGUGCACCAUACCCGACAACGCACGGUGCGCCUUACCCAGUCCAUCAUGGUGUAGGAGGAUACUCGAUGGCUCCACCCCCUGCAGACCUGAAUGUGGCGAACCCAGCACCCUCGGCACCGAACCUCGCAGCCGCGCCCCCCACUUACGAGCAGGCGGUCACACAACACAAGCAGCCGGCGUUCAACCCCAACUACUGACUCCGACCGACGACCCACGCGCCGCCACUCCGAUAAACAUGUUUCUGUUCAAUGUACAAGUAAAUAAUAAGGACAAAUGUGGAACUGUGAUGCAGUAAGUACAGCCGCGCCGUGUGUAGCCUGGGGCUCAAUAAACUAACUGCUAUACAUACGGGCGGCGCGAGUGGGUGCGGCAUUCCUGUCUACAUCUGCCGCGCACCAGCAACGUGUCCCGAAUCGAAGCGUGGGGGCAGCCGGCGUACCAUAGUCUGAGCAUACCACAGACACUUGGACCCGUCGUGUGGACUGUGCAACACAGACAAGGUGUCAUAAGGACUGUAGCUUUAACUUCCCCAACUCUGCGAGUGCACGAGUAGGUAUUUCGUAACGAUUUCAUCAUUUGUGUGAGUGUGACGGAGAAAUAAAAUUAUAAAUGUAAUUAGAUCAUAAACAGAUCGUCGUCAGCUCGUUAUCGGCACGUCUGCGCGCCGCUGCACGUGAUUAAGAUUCGAGUAAAGAUAACUUGUGUGCCCCCGCGCCGCCGGGAUGCCGCCUCCUCGACUUGCAAUUUAAAUUCACGAUUUUGUACUGCCUACUUAAGUAAACUGUACAAACCACAAGUACAUUCCGCGCGGUGGCGCCGUGCAGCUCGGUGGUGCUGUGGUCCACGGUCCCGACGCGCCUCGGGACUGCGCUGAGCGACACACGCUCCUUACUAAAUAACAAUUUAUUAAAUUAACUUAAGGAUAACAUUUUCGGAAAAUUGUCAGAAAAUACUCAAACGUUAAUGUAGGUACACUAUGUAGCUUUAUUGUAUAUAUUAAUUAUAUUAUUUGUAUAAACGUGUUUAUGAGACAAUAUUUGUUAGCAAUAAAUAUUGUUUAUAACAUUUUAGAAAUAUAAUAAAGUACAUUUAAUCAUCUACAUAAUAAGUUACUGUUAACGAGUUGUAGAUGAACAUAUUUUCCUCGCAUUGUGAUAAUAGGGAAGAUUGUAGGAAUUAUGUACUUGUGCUGAGACAUUAUAGUUUUUAUACUUAUUUUUGUAUUCAACAGUGAUUAUGAAAUAAAUUUGUAAUAACUAUUUUUUGUUAAAAUUUAUAGCGCGUUAGCUUCGGCUGAAUAUUGUCUGCUGUGACAAAACAGAUUAGGGGCGACAGGCACAUUGAGCAUGUUCACCGGCGCUCACGGUGGACGUCAAAACUAACUAAUAAGAUAAACUAAUUUGCCGCUCGACUAGAAGAUAUUUCAUAAGAAAUUAGGUGCUCAAUUUCAAAAUUCAAAUAUUCGUUCAUUCACCUCGUGGCGGCUGCUACACGCGGGCACGCGCCCGCACGCCAUUACGUCGCCUAUAAGACACUAAAGAUUUCUAUUUUUCAAUUAAUUUGAAGUUUUGUUCAUAUAAUACAAUUGUAAACAAAUAA